CAUAGAGCUGGGCAACGCAUGUGGAACAUUUGGAAAAUAUGUUUAUGCUUUUUUGCGUUUUCAAUCGACAGCUGUUAUUAUUUCGCGCCCUUUCGGUGUUGGCAUCGCCCGCAGUUUCCCACUAUUUUGUCGUAGUCCAUUCAUUUAUCGGAAGACUUCAUUCAAGUUGUGACGUGUUUUUGUACAUAUCGUAAUAUUCUUGCAAUUAUUCGCGCUAAGCUUGAUAGUAUUAUAUUUAAAAUAAAACCGUCAAAAUGUUCGAGGCUCGGCUAGUCGCUAGUACCACUCUGAAGAAGGUCCUGGAUGCCAUCAAGGACCUACUAAACGAAGCGACUUUUGAUUGUAGUGACUCUGGAAUUCAGCUGCAGGCAAUGGACAACUCCCACGUUUCGUUGGUUUCACUAUCGCUGCGUUCGGAUGGAUUCGAUAAAUAUCGGUGUGAUAGAAACCUUUCAAUGGGAAUGAACCUGGCCAACAUGUCUAAAAUUAUGAAAUGUGCCAACAAUGACGACACCGUUACCAUGAAGGCACAAGAUAAUGCGGAUACGGUUACAUUCAUGUUUGAGUCUCAAAACCAGGAGAAAGUUUCCGACUACGAAAUGAAAUUGAUGAACCUAGAUCAGGAACAUUUGGGAAUACCAGAGACAGACUACGCUUGUAUCGUUCGGAUGCCUGCCAUUGAGUUUGCUCGCAUCUGCCGAGAUCUAUCCCAGUUUGGCGAGUCUGUUGUCAUUUCCUGCACAAAAGAAGGUGUUAAAUUUUCCGCAUCGGGUGAUGCCGGAUCGGCUAACAUAAAGCUGGCUCAGACUUCGACAGUAGAGAAGGAAGAAGAAGCUGUCAUAAUCGAAAUGCAGGAACCGGUGACGCUUACCUUUGCCUGUCGCUACCUAAAUUCUUUCACAAAGGCAACACCGUUAUCCAAUCAAGUACAAUUAUCGAUGUCAGCGGACGUUCCGUUGGUUGUAGAGUAUAAAAUAACAGACCUCGGACACAUUCGAUAUUAUCUAGCGCCGAAGAUUGAGGAUGACGAAAAUUAAAUGUGUGUUAUGUUAUCUCUUCAAUCGAUAUCUACUAAUUAAAGAUCUUUACAAUACCUACUUUAUACAUAAUCGAA